AUGAUCAAUAAGAUACUUCUUAACCUAAUGAUGGUGCAGAGUAUUUUCUCAAGGGUUUCAAUGGAAGAAAUCCAUAAUGUUCAUAAAAUUCCAGUUGGAGAGAAGCAAGAUCUAGUGAUUAACCCAGCAGGACCAUUGAAUCUACUACAUGGGUACAUCAUUCAAAGGAAUGGGUACAUUUAUAACCAACGGUUUUUUUCCCCAAGAAUUGAAGCACAAUAUCUCAUGGAGAAGGGUGAAAUAUCCCCUACAGGAGAACAAGAAUAUAAAUUCAAAAGAUCACCAGCCCGUGACAAAGUAUACAAAGAGACAGACUCAAAGAACCCAGUAGAAGCAUAUCUUAGCACUUACCACACACAACUCAUAAAGAUGUUUCCUUCCGUAGAUGGAACUCUUUCAAUCGAGUCAGGCAGAUCCACUAUGAUCACAAGCUUCUUAAGAUCAAAGAAUGCAAAAAAGGAUGCGAAAUAUAUCCUGGCUUCCCUUCUACUGCUCUCAGAAGGAGUUGACAUUAAAAUAAAUAUAGACACAAAAGCAGAAAAGAAGAAGGUUGUCAUAAAAAGUAAGACAGUCAAGGAUAAGACAAUUGCAGAGAUAGAAUUAUACAUGGCUGGUAUAGAUCCAAUUACAAAUAAGCAAAAAGAAGAUAUCUACCAAAAUGAGACAGCAGAAAUUGUCAACUUCUAUAUACGCUGCAGGGACAGGCAGUUUUUGAAGAAAGGGACUGACCUAGGGAUGCCUUCUAAAAAAGAAGAGUUCGAGAGUGGCAGAUUUCUGAAUAAUCCAUCCUUCCUUAUACAGACGUAUAUCUAUGAGUUCAUUGACAAGGAAGAAGACUACAAGGAAUUUGUAGAAGCAGUGCAUGAAUUACUUGUUGAUCAAGUGGUUGAAAAAACUAAUCCAGAUGACACCAAGAAGAAACCGAAAAAAGGGAAAGAUCUUAAUAAAUUCUUCUUAGAGAAGGAUAAGUUAGGUGAAAAUGGAAAGUACGUCGAUUCUUUCUAUGAUCUUGUGAAGAGCAUAUCAGAAUAUGUUAGAUUUCCAUUCUACAGUGCCAGUCAGCUGCCCGUGUACACUAGAGUACCGCAAUGCAAACUAGACAAGACAGGCUUUGAAGAAGACGAAUCUUUAUACUACAGUAACUGUGUGGAAACUGCCCUUCUUGGACUAUUUUGCUGUCUGGCAUACAACCCAGAGAAAAAAGAGUAUGAAAUUAGUCACAUGGGAGAGGGAGUAAGUGAUAAGCUUAAAGAGUUCUUUAAAAAGUAUACUAUGCCCACUGAAACCACGAAUAUUGAAAUGCAUAAGAGAUGGAGUAAAGUUACUGCUUGCUUAGAGAACGACAAAAUUGACUACAAAAAGGCAAAAAAUGAACUUAUUUCCGGGAUUAUAAAUAUACUUCUUGCAAUUGCAAAAAUAACAGGCCAAGAUGAAGCCAUUCUAGAACUAGUUGAGUACAUAGAAAGUGCACACGAAAAAGGCGAAUUAGACGAUGACCAGAAAGUGGAAAUUUCAAAUAAGAUAGAAGCAAUUAUUACAUCACUCUCUUUGAAUAAAAGUGUGAAGGUAAAGUGUGAAAAUAUAGAACUCGGGGAGAGAUCAAAUGGAAAGGCAGAUCUUUUCUGUAAACUCACAAUUACGUAUACAUCCAACGAUAGAUACAAUGGGAUUGCUUUAGACGUAAAAAAAGGCCAUUCAAGUCUUACUCUUCUUCCAAUGUUGCAAAAAGACUCUUUGUUCAUUCAAGAGAAAUAUGAAGAAGCGAAAAGGGUUUUCAGUGACCUAGACAGCUACCUAGGAUAUAUUUUCAUGCAGCAUGCAGAUUCUGAACUUAACACUUUAAGAAAUGACAGUGACAAGGUAUUAAGUAAUCUGAAGCAAGAUGUAGAUAGGAUAUUGCAAGAUGGAUACGAGAAUAUUCCUAAAAUAUUCUUAUUAGGAAAGUUUGUCGAUAUUGAUUGCAAGGCGUACAUUAUGGAGCACUUUAUGAUCUAUUCAACAGAAAAGGACUUGCCCCUAACUGAUGAUGCAACCCGUUGGACUGCAAAUAUUCUGGGAAGUGUGCCUUUGAAUGACCAUCAUGCACGGCACAAAAUGAUAAAAAGUUUCCCAUUCCAUGCGCACUGGCAGAUGUACUACCCAAAACUCAGCUACAAGCAGGGCGAGCCCCUUCCUGAAACAGAAUUUACAAUAAGUGAUUUAUCUUCUGUGUAUAGAUCUAUACUAAGGAAGCAGUCUGUGUCUCUUGUAGUUAAGUGCAUGGAAAACUACAUAACUAGUGAUAUGAAUGGGCACAUUGAUGCGUACAACUUAUUAUUCCAUGGACCGUUUUUUGAGAACUUGUUUAAGCUUAUAGUGAAGACUGAUGAAAUCGAUGCAUUUACAAGGAUGCAAUCAAUAAUUGAGAAAACCAAGACUAAGAAAGACCAGAAGGCAGUGAAUUAUAUUUACAUCAACUGGUUUAUAUUCGCAUGCAGAAAGCCUGCAGACUCUUUAGAGCUUAUUGAGAUAAUUUAUGAUUUGAUAAAUUUUGAUGACCUUAGGAAUCCUGCAAUUCCUUCUUAUGAAUUAUCCAGUAAAAACAUAAAAGCAGUUAGAAAGGUUUUAGAAGAGCAAAAAGAUAUGCUUUGUUCGGAAAGUGAUCCAGAGAGCAUGGAUAACUACAAUACGAUGCUAAAAUAUUUCGCAAAAUGA